AUGUCUCUGGCUUUAAACUCCGUCCGGACAAUGGGCCAUGUCUCGAUCCUGCGUAACGCACCUGCUCUCUUCAUAGGGGUAUCCCGACUCCAUCGAACAACUCUUUUCCAGCAAAGCCUACGGGUCUUCCCAACAUUCACCCAGAAAGAAACGUCAAAAGCGAUGAUUGCGGCGCCAAAACCAGUGAUCCCAGCAGUAGCGCCAAGAGCGGUGUCCCCAGUAUUCGUAUCAAAGCUGAUAGACCCCGAAACACGACAACGGCACCGCAUCAAGCGAAUGGCCGCCCAGCAAAUAUACCAACAAAACGCAAAAAGACUGUCUGUAACUAUCUACAACGCCGGUCCAACCUUGUAUCUCGGCCAUUUCGGUAGUAACUACUACGACUAUGAUUCUGAGGAUUCCGAGCAAAGCGACAGUAACCAAUAUGAAUGGAUUUUGCGCGCGUGUUUCCACGGAUUUUGGUCUGCGCUUUUCACUGUUGUUUAUGAAAUUGCUCGCGGCAGGUACGUACCUCUACUAUUCCUAGACACGUUCCAAUCUGCGGAUAUGCGGGGAAAAAAGGUUACUUUGGAGACUAACAAUGAGAACGUAUUUAGGCCACUCGGGGAAGGAGCUUGGGAAGAUGAGGAAGAAUGGGAUGAUAAUGAUGAGAUUAGAGAGCUGGAAGAGGAAAAUGAUGAGUUGAGGGAUGAGAUUGGGAGGUUGAGGAGGGAGAAUAGCAAGUUGAAGGGGCAAAGUGGUGAGUUUGUCUGCUUUCCUUUUUACUUCAAGGAGGGAAUGGUUAUGUUGAGUGGCUUUGCUAACGAGAUGGUUUAG